AUGGAUAAAGACCUCUCCGCUCCGUCACCAUCGGUGACGGAACUCAAUGCCUGCGUUUCCACCUCGACUACCAGCCAUCGGCCUGUCGCCAAAGAAACCACGUUCCGAGAAUGGAUAGUGGACAACCAGAUUGGGAUCUCGUUGACAACGCUUUCGAUGUUAUUGGCCGUUCAUCAUCUCUACCCUUCGCUUAGUCCCUACACCACCCCCUUCUUCCAAUUGUCCUACUACCAGCCGGAGUCCGGUCUCUACAUUCAAGGCUGGGACGACAUCUACUUCGUGGCCAGCGCCGCCAUCGCUUUCACGGCCAUCCGGGCCAUCGCUAUCGAUUGGGUUUUCCACCCGUUUGCCCGGUAUGCCGGACUGAAAAAGAAGGCCGCCGUGCGAUUUGCCGAGCAGGGCUGGCAAUGGAUAUACUACGGGUUCUUCUGUACUUUCGGACUGUAUAUUUGGUCCAAUUCCUACUACUGGCUGGAUAACGGUGCCAUCUGGGCCGAAUGGCCGUCGCGGGGCGUUUCGGGCACCCUGAAAUGGUAUCUGCUGGCGCAACUCUCCUUCUGGUUGCAGCAGAUCUUCGUCCUCAACAUCGAGGAGCCGAGGAAGGACCAUUACCAGAUGUUGACCCACCACUUCAUCACCAGCAUCCUCCUGAGCUCGGCGUACAUCUAUAGCUUCUAUAACGUCUCCAACGUGGUGCUGUGUUUGAUGGAUAUCGUGGAUCUGCUCUUGCCGACGGCGAAAAUCCUCAAAUACCUCAAGUUCGAAAAGACGUGCAAUAUCGCCUUCGGCGUGUUCAUGGGGACGUGGCUCGUCACGCGCCACAUGAUGUACCCGCUGCUGUGCUGGUCUAUCUAUAAAGAAGUUCCCGCGAAAAUGGCGUACGGCUGCUAUUCGGGCACCACUGCGGAGAUGAUUUCCACCGACGGCUAUCCCGAUAAAUUCACCUACCUCUUCUACCCGUUCCUGAACCUCGACGGCCCUAUCUGCAUGAACCGCACGAUCAAGUGGAUCUUCCUAUCCUUCCUCCUGUCCUUGCAACUGCUCUCGAUCAUUUGGUUUGCGAUGGUCGUGCGCGUGGCCGUGGGGGUCCUUCGCACUGGCAACGCCGAGGACAGCCGCAGCGACGAUGAAGAAGAUGAGGAGGUCAGUGCCGGGAGCAAGGACAACACCCACAGCAGCGUCGCCGCCGCCGAGGGCACCAAUGCCGAAUGGCGCCGAGCCAACGGAUCCUCGACCGUUCGUCCUCGAGGACGCGGCCGGGUCGGACUGGGCCCGCAGAGUGACCACAAAGCCUUGCUGGGCCGUAUUGGCUGCGACAAACCUAGCUAG